CUUACAAGGAGAAAAUGAAGGAGCUGUCUCUGCUCUCCCUCAUCUGCUCCUGUUUCCACACCCAGCCCCAUCCCAAUACCAUCUACCAGUAUGGAGAUAUGGAGGUGAAGCAGCUGGAUAAGAGGGCAUCAGGCCAGAGCUUCGAAGUGAUCCUGAAGUCCCCUUCAGAUUUAUCUCCGGAGAGUCCAAUCCUUUCCUCCCCUCCCAAGAAGAAGGACCUGUCUCUGGAGGAGCUGCAGAGGAGGCUGGAGGCUGCAGAAGAGAGGAGGAAGACCCAGGAGGCUCAGGUGCUGAAGCAGCUGGCAGAGAAGCGGGAACACGAGCGGGAGGUGCUGCACAAGGCGCUGGAGGAGAACAACAACUUCAGCCGCUUGGCCGAGGAGAAGCUCAACUACAAGAUGGAGCUGAGCAGGGAGAUCCGUGAAGCACAUCUCGCCGCCUUGAGGGAGCGGCUCCGCGAGAAGGAACUGCACGCAGCUGAAGUCCGCAGGAACAAGGAACAGCGGGAGGAGAUCUCUGGAUAAAGGGCUUUUCUACACAUCUAGCACCUGAUUCCUGUUAACAAACCAACCAAUCAACCAACCAACACAUUUUAUUUUGUUUGUCUAGAUGCUACAUUCAGUUCUCCAUCCCCCCCCCGGUGUUCUUCCCCCAGCUACACGCUUCUCUCUGCAUCCUUAAUCGUCAGUGCUUGUGGGGGUUCACAGAUCAUAGGGACCUCUAAGCAGAAUAGCAACUAGUUCACAUGAAAUAGAGAAUCAAUCAGUCGAUCAGUCAAUCAAACAGCUUCUUUGGAGGGUUUUGUCCUUUUUUUAAAAAAAAUAUUUCUUAAACU